CUGGGGCCCAACCUAGGCAUUAGCCUUUGCGCCUGCCUGAUCGCGCGCCCUGCAGUUGGAUCCCUGCAUCCGCACAGAACUCUGUUCUGGGUGGCGGGUGAUCCCUUAGAAGGCUUCCGUGAGCUAGAGGACACACGCAGGCCUGUCCUGGGUCUUUGAAGGUCAGUGUGAAGGCAGGGGCUGUCAUCAGACCCGGGGCAAGGAUGGAGGUCUGCGCAUCUGUUCCCAGAGCUCUGGGAGGCCUGUAAAAGAGAAGCAACCCGCCCAGGAUCCCUGCAGGUCAGUGAGGCGGGGUGUGCAGCACGGACAGGGACCCAGAAGGGGACAGGAAAAGGAGAGGAAAUCGUGACAUGGAAGAACUCUACAGUGAAAACAGAGGAACACCUUCCAACCAAGGAAAGAAGGAAAAUGAAGAACAGCCACAGGAUGAGGAAAAGCCAAAAGGAGCCUGUACCUUGAAAGACAAGGAAAUAUUAGAAAAUGAGGAAAAGACUGCACAUCAGGAAAUGCUGAAGGAUAAGGAAAAGCCAGAGAGUGAGAGAACAGCAAAAGAGGAAGGAAAGCCAGAGAGAGAGGGAAAGGUGGAAAGUGAGGAAAAGCCAGAGUGCUCAGGAAAGCCAGAAAGUGAAACAAGGGCUGCAGAAAAGCGCCUAGCUGAGGAUGACAUACCCAGGAAAGCCAAAAGAAAAACUGACAAGGGGCUGGCUCAUUACCUCAAGCAGUAUAAAGAGUCCAUACAUGAUAUGAAUUUCAGCAAUGAGGAUAUGAUAAGAGAAUUUGACAGUAUGGCUAAGGUGAAGGAUGACAUGAGAAAAAGCAGACAGAAAUUAGGGAGGCUUUUGUGGAUGCAAAGAAAUUUAGAGGACCCCUUCUACCCAAGGGGCCCAAGGGAAUUCAGGGGUGGCUGUAGAGCCCCACGGAGAGACCUUGAAGACAUUCCCUAUGUGUAGUGCUCCUGGCAGGCAAUUGCCAGGUCUUGUGUUUUAAGCUAAUACAUUAAGUGUCUCUUCUGUUACAAGAAGUUCUUUUGACACUAUUGCAGCACUCACUUUGUGUUUAUGUAGGGAAUUUUCCCCAUGUGUAUUGCAAAGUUAUUGUGAUUUUGGAAAAAUAAAGGAGUUUACAGUAUCAUCUA